AUGCCGUAUAACUUUCUUAGACCAAAUCGAUUAUACACGAGUGAAGAGAAGGUGGCGGAGGAGGAGAACAAGGAAUGUGACGAUGAUAAUAAUGACGUGAAGAUUCAACGGGAGUUAAAUGCUUGGCGCCUGCAUAUGCGUGAGGAGCGGCGACGGCGUCUUCUUGCGGCGGCCUCGAGGGCGGAACGAACACGAACUGCUGAGGAGCCGUCUGCAUCUCACGUCUCACCUCGGGAGUCAAGUCAUGAGGCUGGCCGUGGGGGUGAAUCGCAUCACCAAGAGUUGACGGCGCUGCAGCAGUACCGCAGAGAAUUGGGCGAGGUGACAUCUGGGGUGCAAAAGGGAAGGAAUAGCCUUUGGAAUUUGCGUGUACCCAUUCGGCGGCAGCGGCGCGUAAAAACAAACCGGGUCACAUAUCAUGAAGCGCGAAGCGUGCUUAGGGACUACAUUCAUCGUCCCCCACCACCUCCUGCAAAUGUGCAGAAAACACCCAUCGGGACGCUUCGAGCGUACAAGGACGCGCUUGCCUUCUCCGCGAGGGCCUGCAGUGAGGCGCCCACGUCACCCCCGUUGUGGCACCAACGGCCUUUGCGUAACAUCAGUGUGCAUAGGCGACGAAAUGAUUUUUCGAAGUUCACUUCGGUUUCAACAACACGGUCGACGACUCUACGAAGGAAACACACCGAGUCAUCAUUUGCGAAUCGUCACGUCGAUCGCAAGUUGAAAUGGUGUCAAUGUGACGUUCAACGAAAACGGAACGGCGACCCGUCGAAGCGUUCUUUCCGGCCCGUGCUAGAAGCAACACAGGCCUACCGAAGUGCGAUCAAGCAAGAGGAGGAAAAGUACAAUCAGCAUCGGCAAUGCCACGAAAAAAGAUUUCCUUUUGAAAAGGAACCCUCUCCACAAAGCAGUGUGUCAUCGCAAUGUCUAAGUUCACGAAGAUCCGCGACGCAGCCGAUGGUUACACACGCCAUAGAUUCUCCUCAAGCGCGUCAGCCGUCACACAUCUCGUAUAUCCGCCACGGCGUGGAACCAGAAGAACCGUUCCACAACCCCGUGGUAAACCCCCCGGCGGCUGAGGAGGCCGUUUCUCCCCAAACGUCUGCGCUCAGUGGGACGGGCACAGCAUCUCAUUAUGAAGAGCGUUCUAGACGUGAGUCCUCGCCGCUGCUGAGGAAAUUACUUAGCAAACUGACGCUCUCUUCUCCAUCACUCUACCGUCCUGACUUGUAUCAGGGCAAUACGAUACCAUUCACUUCUCCUGUUGCUCGAACCGUUGAACCCCAUCCGUGGCCCCCAGUUGGCGCGAAGGGCCAGGGAUAA